AUGACUAGUUUUAGAUUUUGUCGUGAAUGUAAUAAUAUGCUUUAUCCACGUGAAGAUAAAGAUAAUAAAAGGUUAUUAUUUGAAUGUAGAUCCUGUUCAUAUGUAGAAGAAGCUGGUUCUCCCUUAGUUUAUAGGCAUGAAUUGAAAACAAAUAUUGGUGAAACUGCUGGUGUUGUUCAAGAUAUUGGUAGUGAUCCUACGCUACCGAGAAGUGAUAAAGAAUGCCCCAAAUGUCACGCAAGAGAGGAUGUUUUUUUCCAAAGUCAACAAAGAAGAAAGGACACUUCUAUGGUUUUAUUUUAUGUUUGUUUAAGUUGUGCACAUAUCUUUACUAGUGAUCAAAAGACAAAAAGAACCACGUUCGGUUAA